AUGCAGACACCAUAUUAAAGAACACACCAGUCAGAGUAUGCUUGUCUCCAUUGCAUGAUUUCUGACGGUCACAUUUGGCGUCGUAGACAGGAUAUGUGUGUUGACAACUGCAGCCCCUAGCCUAGGAGGAGUUUUUUUUUCUCGCCUAGUCCUACCACUGACCUACAAUGGAGGGGACCGACGCUCUAGAGAAGCUGCAAGCAGAGCUCGAGGCCGUAAAGAAGGCGCUACAAAAGCAGCAAGAAGAGAAAUCUAACGUUGCAAGUAGCAGCUCCUCUGGUUGGGUAGCAGCUCCAACGCAACAAAAGCAGAUUUAUGUUGCGUCAGGACGAAGGUUGGAACGCUUCAGAGGAAUUCCAGAGAAGUCCAGUGACCCUACCAUUGAAGAGUGGGUGAGCGACGUGAGGUGUCAGUUAGCAGCAAGACAGCUGAAAGAGGACGAGAGUGGAGCUUUCAUCCUCGAUCAUCUUGCUGGAAAGGCACGCCAGGAGAUUCUUGGAAGGGGUGAUGCAGUCACCCACCCAGAGGAAAUCUUCCAAAUCCUGCUUAAGGUUUUUGGCGAUGGUGAUACCCUUCCCCAACUUCAGCAGAGGUUUUUCUCGUACAAACAGGCAUCCAACGAGGACCUCCUGACAUGCUCCCUGGAGCUAGUCAAGCUUUUCACCAGAAUGUCAAAGCUUGACCCUUCAAUCGAGGCAACGAAGGGAAGGACCCUGAAGGGACGGCUGGCAGAGGCAGUUCGUGAUGAAGGUCUACAGCGAGAACUGCGUCGGCUUAAUAUUGAGGCACCUACCCUGUCGUUCUUUGAUGUCAGAGACCGCGCCAUUGAGUGGCUGGGUUGCAGACAAGGCAAUCGCCACAAGGAAGCGACGGUGCAAGAGGUCAAGGCAGCGGAUGACGCUGGAGGUCUGCAGUCCCUCCUCAGGAAGCAGAGCGAACAACUGCAGAAACAGCAACAACAGAUAGAUGCCCUCAUUAAGGCAUUCAGUGAGACUCCAAAGAGCUGGAGAAACCAAGGCCCCCGAAGGUGCUUCAACUGCCGUUCAACAGGGCACCUUAGGCGCCAAUGCCCCUAUCCACCACAGUCCCCGGUGGGUGGCUCUUCUUCAGCCAGGCAACAGUUUGUUCCUGAGCAGUCUGCCAAUCAGCAGAGCAUGUACAACCCCCGUGCACAGCAAUUUGUUUCUGAGCAGUUUGCCAAUCAGCAGAGCGUGUACAAACCCCCUGCACAGCAAUUUGUCACCGAGCAGUCCGCCAAUCAGCAACUUGGACCCCAGCAGCCAAACCCCCAGAUGCCGACCCCCAGACAGCCAUUAAACUAGCAAGGCCUGCCAUUAUGAGCCAAACGACAGGCCAUCAGAUUUCAUCAAGAGAGAGUGGCUCAAUUAUUGAGAGGGCAGUAGGGAACUGUCCAGUGGCACGUGUGAAGAUUGGAGGCACAGAGGUGACAUGUCUACUUGACACAGGAGCACAGGUUUCGACAUUGACUGAGUCUUUCUUCAAAGAGAACUUCUCCCAGGAAGACUUAAUCGACAUACAUUCCCUGCUCCACAUCUCAGGUGCCCAGGGUGCCGAAA